AAAUAUAUCCGUCGUUUUCCGUCGAUAUGGUGAGGUCCGGUUCUCACUGGGGCUGAGCUUUCAACUUGUCACGGUAUCUCGAGUCAUUCUUCGCUCCCCUACGUCUCAUAUUCCCUCUGACCCAUCUGGUCAAAAUGCCCUCUUCGCGAGUCAAAGAUUUCGCCAAGAAUUUCAAUCCGGGCAAAGUAAUCGCAGUUCGAUUGAGGCGCUUCGCAAAGAACGCACGCACACGACGCAACUCAACAACCACCCGUGACCAUGAAGGCGAUGACUCCAUCUCUGCAGAUGUCCCUAGUGAAUUUCCCGCUCCUUCAUCCACUCUCUAUUCGAAUUCAUCGCUACUAGUGCACCCUGGUUCUCUAGCCAGGGAUCCAGGUCUCGAAGUCUCCAUUAAUAUUUCCUCCGCAACAUCCUCCCACCGUGGCGAAUCCUCUGCCCAUAAAGCUUCUGACAUGGCUCAAACAUUUUUGCCUUUCGUCCAGAGCGUUGCAGGUGCAAUUCCACUUGCCGGUCCUCCGAUGCAAGCUACUAUUAGUGGAUUAUUGUCAAUCCUUCAAGCCAUAGAUAGGCGCAGUCAGAAUAAGGCGGACCUAGAUCGUCUGACCUUACGACUUCAUCAACUAAGUUCCCAUCUGUGCAACGUCCCGACCCCUCAAGGUCCCUUUGAACAAUACCGGAGAGAUGCCAUAAUUAGGAUGCUGCAAGACAUAUCUGCCCAAGUAGCACAGUUGUACAACCGUGGUCUCGCACACACAUCUGUUACGCAAGCUAUCAUUGGAUGUUCCAGCGAAAUUGACCGUUAUCUAGUUGAUUAUUCGUGGUCAUCUCAAAUGCAAAGUCAUCAUGACAUCCUCGAAGUGCGGAAAACUCUGGAGAGGCAGCAGGAAAUCUUGAUGAGAAUUGAAAGCGUGUUCUUGCCUGGGCGGUCCUCUGUGGGGCGGAUUGUCACACUUGGCUUUGUGACGCUGGUAGAUGCAACAGACCGGUCACAUCCGAUACCGAUGGACGUUUGCGACUCAUUUGAGCGAUUCAAUGAGCAGCUCCAGCUUCUAUUCAAACACAACUCGGUCGAGGCUCGAAUUCAGAGACAGUAUAUGGAGGAAGAACAGUACGAUUUGUGCAUCGACGACGACAAGCAAGUAACCCGACUUACAAGCUGUGAAUGGCCAAGCAUUGCAGCAGGCACGACGAUUGUCAUGAGGGUCAUCUUUGAACAGAAGAAGUCCUCUAGAGUUGACUACCGUUGUCAUUUUUGCGGCGCUGUCAAUGACGUUGGCACUGGGUCUAUUAUGCAUUCGCUUCAGCGCCAGGCUGGUUGCUCGAUCAAUUGUCGAGUGUGCAAACGACGAUUUCAGAUCUCCUGCGGAAGCUCCAGUGCAAAGCGGAGCACACAAUCCUCUAACAUUGACUGCGUUCCCAGAACUGAAGCAGAAAUGCAUCUUAUUCGCAACUUUCACAUCCAGCAGAUGCUUUCCCGCUCUCAGUUGCCAUGCGUGACCUCGUCUUUUGAUCUGCUUACCCAAUGCUGAUGCUCUGACUGUGUCCCGCUCUCAGAUACCAGUGCGUAAUCUUGUAUUUUGACCUGUUUAC